GAGAGUAUUCCAGAAAGCGUGCUAGCCAGAAGCAGAGCAGAAGUAAUCGCGGAGCCCAUCUGGUUAGCUGUUCGUUCCUUGACAUUUUUGGAUAUAUCCUGUACCUGAGUACCCAUGGCGAAGUGGGGAGAAGGGGACCCUCGCUGGAUUGUUGAGGAAAGAGCAGAUGCGACCAACGUCAACAACUGGCACUGGACGGAGCGUGAUGCAACAAACUGGUCAACUGAGAAAUUGAAAGAGCUACUCUUGGGGAUACGAGUUGAAAACGAGGAGGGCAAGUGUGAGGUUUCAGAAGUCGACAAGGUAGAGGGUGAGGCCUCGAUCAACAAUCGCAAAGGAAAGCUCAUCUUCUUCUACGAGUGGAAUCUCAAGGCGACAUGGCGAGGGACAUCAAAAAGUGGGAUCAAAUACAAAGGGAGUAUUGAAGUUCCAAACCUCUCUGAUGAGAACACCAUGGAUGACCUUGAUAUCAGUGUGACACUUUGCAAGGAUGAGCCAGAGACACCAUUACUCACACUUAUGAAGACUGAAGGAGUAGAUAAAGUUCGAGCAGCUCUGGGCAGCUACCUGGGCUUCCUCAAGACAGAGUUCACACAGGGCAUGAUCCUGCCUACGGCCAACGGUGUGACCAAACAGCAGUCACAGCAGCCCCAGGCAAAAACCACAUCAGAAAAAACUCAGCUUGGCUCAAGCAGCUCAGCUCCUCCUCCCAGCACAGGUGUGAAGAUCCCUACGUGUAAAUUCUCCCUGAGAGACACUUUCCUUACCUCACCAGAAGAGCUCUACAGAGUCUUCCUGAACCAGGAGAUGGUGCAGGCUUUUACACACGCUGCUGCGGUCGUUGAGCCUGAAAAAGGGGGAAAGUUUCGCCUGCUGGACGGGAAUGUUUUCGGGGAGUUCCAGGAGCUGGUUCCUGAAGAGAAGAUAGUUAUGAAGUGGAGGUACAAUACCUGGCCGAGCGAGCACUAUGCGACAGUGACGCUGACGUUCACAGACCGGGGGAAUGAGACAGAGCUGAGGGUGGAGUGUCGGGCAGUGCCCACCAGUGAGGAGGAUCGCACGCGGGAAGGCUGGCAGAGGUACUACUGCCAGGCCAUCAAACAGACAUUUGGCUACGGAGCACGACUCUGCUGAGCACCACAUGCAGCAUAUUUCUUCCUGGUUUUUUUUGUUUUUUUUCUUCUUUGUCUAAUCUGUUGGGGGUUUUUUUCUUGGUCCACAUAUAAAAAGAGAACAUUAAAAUGUGACUACUUAAAAGAGCAGUCAUAGCUGUUUAUCUUCUGAAGCAUUUUUUUUUCUGUUUUUGUUUGUUUUGUCCAUAUGUACGGAAUUGAAAAGUACCACCCAAACUUCAGAACUUGAAAUAGAAAUAGUGGCGUUUAGGAGACGGUGAGAAACAAAAUGAUGUG